GUUCUGUCUGGGCUUGGCUGUUUCUCAGUAAGGGUGUGCUGUACUGUUCUGUGCCUCAGAGGCUGAGCACCCAUGUACAACAGCAGCUACUCCCAGGCCAAGUUUGGCUUGGAGGCCAGGAGGAAGAUCCAGAAGCCCAGAGGGAAGAGCUGCGGCUACUACAUGAAGGUUCUGUUUUUCUUCUCCUCUCUGAUCCAGUCGCUCAUCAUCGUCGGCCUCAUUCUCUUCCUGGUCUACGGGAGGUCCCUGGACGCGGCAGCCGAGAGCCGGGUCCAAGACCUGGAGAAGAGCUUCAACCGGCUCUCCAUUAACAACAUGAACCUCCGGCAGCAUGGAAAGAACCUGACGCUUCUCCUGAAUGCCACUCAGACUGACAAGAUGCGCAACAACAGGGAGAUGAUGAAUCUGCGUCAAAUGGCAAACAGGUCUGGCAUAUUCAUCACCAAUCUCAGAGACCAAGCGGUAAGAGCUGAGACUGGUUCAGAGAUCAAUGCUAGAGGGUUGUGGUGGAUGUUUUAGAUAUUUUGAAAUACUUUAGAGAAUGGUUCAUUUUUUAUAUUCAACACAACGACAUCAGUACAAUACAUACAGUGGGGUCACAGUAAUUGGUUUAUUGAAUAUUAAAAUGUCAGUUUAGUUGUAUUAGUGGAUAGACAAAUAAAACAUGCUACAUUAUUUUUCAUUUGAGUGUAAUUGAACAUGAAAUAACACACCUAACAAAAAACACACUAUAUUCAGGUCUAUUAUGCAUAUCAUAUACAUUAUUUCAGCGAUCAUUAUAUCCGUUCAUUUCAGCAAAUAUAUACCUGAAAAGGUUAAAACAGUGUUACUACAGUCAUAAACAUUAACAAUCACUAGUUAUGUUCAGAUUUAAGUUUGUCAGUUGUAUAAAAUAGAUGUAUAAAAUAAGUGUCAACAAUAAUGUGCAUGUACUGUAUAUAGUGGGUGAAACUUUCACUCAAAUGUUAUUUGGCUGACAAAAUGUGAUGCAUAUCUGUUAUUAAUAUCCACAGAUUCAGUGUGAUAAUGAUAAGAAAAGCUGUCAGAUUCAACUUAGCAUGAACCGAUGCUCCAGACCCAUGACACCAGCGAUGCCACCAAAUGGUAAGACAACUGUAAGACGAACCAAUGCUUUCAUUGCUCUACUCUGCACUAGUGUUACACAUGUUCAAACGUCCACACAGAAUCUCAUCCUUAUAAUUCACAGAUGAGCUUUCCUAUACCUAGCUUUCCUAACUGGUACUUCUUUGGACAAGAAUAAGCAAGGUGCAAAUUACAACUUUGCAAUGAUUUUUUGUCUUCACAGUUUUUGGAAAAUGCUUGUUGUUGUAGUAAGAAUACAAAUAGUGAAAUUAUCAUUUAAAUGAUUUAUUCGUCAUUCUGAAUUCACUUAAAACCAACACAGGGCUGGGGUUCAAUCCAAGCCGCCUUGUUUGGUUUAAAGGGAAUUUUUUGUUGAGCCCACAUCUGCAGUGUUUACUGUGAAUAUGAUCUCUGCAAUGCAGGAACAUUGCCUUUAAAAGGCGCAUUUUUGACAGUGCUCCUCGGAUUGAAUUCAGGAUCAAAUCUGAUCGUUGUUCAGAAGUAUUAACAUAAAACAUUUUCAUUCUUCUUUUUCUUCUUCAAAAACGUUUAAAGGCAACAACAACAAUAUGCAAGAAAACCAGGUCCAGCGGCUGGAGCAAUUGCUAAAGCUAGUGAGCACCAACUUUAGUCAGACGGUGCAGUUCAUGAGGAUUGAGAUAGACAACACAGCCAGGGACCGGGACACUCUCACCCUGGAGGCCAUCUCCCUCCGGAGGGACAAGACCUCCCUGCAGACACAGUUGGAGAGCUACAGGAAGAAGUGCAAGGAGGACUUCGUCCAAUCCCUGAGCGGCAUCUCCAACGUCUCCAAAGCCUUCCUGUUGAAAAUCGACACACUCCUGCCCAAAGUCAGCCCCUUCCUGCUCACCUGCGAGAAGCAGCGCGACCACCUGGACCAGAUCCGCAACAACUGCACCAGUCUGUCCCGCGAGGUGGAGACCAAGUUCCAGCACUACCUGGACAACGUGGGCACCCAGGUGUCAGAGAUCCAAGGCCGCAGCGCCUGGUUGCAGGCGGAGAAAGACCGGCUGGCCGAGGACUACCGCUGGUGCAGCCUCAACCGCAGCGCCAUGGCCCUGGGGCACCAAGAAACGCUGCAGAAGACCCAGGAGAAAUACGAUCGAGAGAUGGAGAAGCUGCUGAUGGACCGCAGGAGGUUGCAGGGGGACAAGGAGCUGGGGGAGACAGCGAUGAAGGUGAAGGAGGGCGAGAUCAAAAUCCUCAACGACAAGAUCAGGAACCUCAACACUUCCCUGGCCAACUGUGGCUCCAAGGUAAGGGAAUAUCUAUUGUGUGGUUUAGUACUGGGCUUUCAUCCAGGUCAGAGAUAAGUGGCGAUAAAUAUACACAGAAAAUGAUUUAGAAGUCAAACUGAGGCCAGAAAUGGUUUCUGUCAUUGGUGUAGGGAUGGACUUGAGACAUUGGUCAAAAGAUCUAAUCAUGUAAAUGAGAUUUACUAUGACAAUUAUUUCUAGGAAAAUACAUUAGUUGAAAAUGAAACCUAUACUUGAUAGGAUGUAGUGCUUUACAUUGCACUAAAUUGGCUUAAUUUAAUACAAGCAUUUAAAAAAAGAAAAUCUAUUUAAGUAAUGGCAGAUUUUUCUUCAAUAAAUAUAUCUCUGUGUAUGAUCAUUUAGCAGACACUCUUAUCCAGAGCGACUUACAGUCAAUGCAUUCAACUAAGAGACGAAAUUUACCCAGGUGGGGGCGUGGUCCAAAAUAGGGGAGGGUUGUCUAACUUUUGUUUUUUCUUUGGGAAGGGUUGUGUGUUUUUUUUAUUGGGCACAGGGGAGGGUAGUGCAUCUUUGCAGGUUUUACUAUAUAAUUUCUUCCAUCCUAACCACAUUUCUGCAUCUGCUUGCAUGCACAUUCCCUAUAUCAAGGUGUUUUGGUACUUCCCUUAUGCACUAUGCUUUUCUGCUCCGUAGUUAUACCACAGGUCAAUAUAGUCUAUCAGUCUAAAGCCCUGUUUAUACCUGGUUCUAACUUGCGUCCUUUGUCCUGAUUUUGUCCACAUUCGGAUUGUGCCCAAUUUUUUUGACAGGUGUAGACAAUCAAAAGACACAUUGGGAUCUGAUUGUGAUCAGAUCAUCCUGCCCACCUCCGGAGAUAGUCAGACACACAUUGUGUCUGGAUAUCUUACAAGUGUAGACAGAUAUGGACAGAGAAACCAUUUCAAUCAUAAUUUUUUCCACCCUCUAAAAUCAUUGACAGGUGGCACCAUUGACUGAUUACAUCAGUAUGUGUUUUACAAUAAAUACAGUGAGGGAAAAAAGUAUUUGAUCCCCUGCUGAUUUUGUAUGUUUGCCCAUUGACAAAGAAAUGAUCAGUCUAUCAUUUUAAUCGUAGGUUUAUUUGAACAGUGAGAGACAGAAUAACAACAAAAAAAUCCAGAAAAACACAUGUCAAAAAUGUUAUAAAUUGAUUUGCAUUUUAAUGAGGGAAAUAAGUAUUUGACCCCCUCUCAAUCAGAAAGAUUUCUGGCUCCCAGGUGUCUUUUAUACAGGUAACGAGCUGUGAUUAGGAGCACACUCUUAAAGGGAAAGAAUAGCUGUGAAAUAAUUUCCAUGAAGGAAGGGAACAGGAAAUCUGGUCACAAUGCAGACACAGUGGAUGGAUAACAGAUCUUGUCCACAUUCUGAUUGUGCCCACAUUUGUGUAGACAAAAGAUGCAUUGUGAUCUGAUUGUGAUUAAAAUACAUUUUGUAUGGAUAUCCUUGAAAUGUAAACGAAUCCAAACCAAAGUGUAUACAUUUUGCCAACAUCACGGUUGUCCCGCCCUCUCAAAAAACUCACAUCAGCCAGUUGAAUUAAGAUCAUGGUCUUAAUUAGAAACCAAGUGCAUACUAGCUCUGUGGUCAGAUGCCAUAGUCCAAUACUGCGUCCAGCUCUGAUUAAAAUGGGUAUACUGUAUAUAGAAAUAAAUAUAUUUAUGAGAGAAAAAAGGUUGUCCCAUCCAAUGCCAACACAAAAUCAAAUAUUUGAAAACAUCGUAGGCUACAGAAAGGCCAAGGACUGUAAUAGCAGAAUUUAAACUGUACUACAAAUGUUUUGGGGAUGCAAGGGACGGACUAUGAUAGAGUCGUAGUGGAAGAGCACAGUGCAUGACAAGUGUAUGGCAGGUAUAAUGUUAAUUUCCACCUGUAGCCGACCUUUAGAUCUAGACAGAAUAAACAGUGGGCGGGUGGUGAAUAGUCUAUUUCAGUUGCUACAUGUACAGUAUCAGUCAAGAGUUUGGACACACCUACUUAUUCCAGGGUUUUUCUUUAUUUUUACUAUUUUCUACAUUGUAGAAUAAUAGUGAAGACAUCAACACUAUAAAAUAACACAUAUGGAACCAUGUAGUGACCAAAAAAGUGUUAAACAAAUCAAAAUAUAUUUUAUAUUCUUCAAAUAGCCACCCUUUGCCUUCCACUCGGGGGAGUGGGGGGGCGCACGUCUACGUUGGUCGGACAACCUAGGGCACAGCCCUAUGUGGCAGAGGAGGAUAGUGUGCAAAGCCUCCGGCUUUCUUGCCCUAUCCUCUCCCUCUCUGGUUUAACGUAAGCCAUCCCUUUGCCUCAGGGAGGCACGUCUACGUUGGGGGAAACAACGUCUUCCCUGUGUAACAGUGCUUUUUUGUGUCUUCACUCACAUGCGAAAAUGGGGGAUGUACACUCUUAUCCCCAAGUGCCAUUCCCCCCCUUCGGCUAUCCCCUCGGCACCUUAUCAGGUUUUAAGCCAGGACAACAGUCAGCAUGUCCAUUCUCCCUCCGGUCUCUUCUACUUUUAACCAUGGCUCCCCAUUUCCCUUGCCUUAUCGACUGUCUAUUGCGCGAGCAACACAGUUUAAACAGGCUCAAGUGGGCACCUCCUCGGUAUUACCACCAGGAGGUGCCAUCACUCUAUGUGGGUAAGGCAGGGAAGAGAACUGACACUAUUCCGCGUUUUCAUAUGACAAACAGGGAAACAGGUUUCUGUGGUUCAAGCCGUAACCCACUGGGUUUCUCUGGAUCUUCUGGGGGAAAUCUUAUGGCAACUAGCUCUGUUGAUAAUAAACGAUUUCUAUCGAGCUAUACGACAGUCAGUACAGUAUUCCAUUACUCGUACUUUCUGGUCCGAGGAAAAAGAAAGACAGCUAUCUCAAGUCUACCACGCUCUGGUGUUUUUUCUUCGUCCCGUUCCUACCUGCGCUUGGUUCAUGCAUUCGGGCACUUGUCAGCUCUACUUUCACUAUUGGAAUGAGCGGCUGAGGAAAUGUUCACUCUUGUUAAAACGGCACUCAGUGUCGGAGUCUCUGAGGGGUGAUGCUGUUGGAACUACCCUUGCUUCGGAGAGCAUGUCUGCGUUACGGGAGUUGGCCCUAUCCCAUAGUGAGACAUCAAAACAAGUAUUUGAAAUAGAACUUAAGGUUACUUACGUAUCCCCAGUUGUCACGCCCUGGCUCUAGGGACUCUUUUAAGUUGAGCCAGGGUGUGUAGAGUUUAUGUUUUGUGCUCGUUGUGUCUAGUCUAGUUUUUGUAUAUCUAUGUUGGCCAGAGUGGUUCUCAAUCAGAGGCAACGAGUAUCAGCUGUUGCUGGUUGUCUCUGAUUGGGAACCAUAUUUAGUCAGGUGGUUUUCCCACAGUGUUUGUGGGAUCUUGUUCCGUGUUUUGCACCUGUGGACGUCACGUAUCGAUUUGUUGUUUUGUUCGUGUAUCAUUUAAUAAAUAAGUAUGUUCACCUUCCACGCUGCGCCUUGGUCCUCUAUAUCCGACGAUCGUGACAGAAGAUCCCACCAAUACAGGACCAAGCAGCGUGCCCAGGCAGGAAAGGAGAAGCGGCGCCAACCGGGCAGUCGUCGGACAGGCGAGGGGCACCCCCAAUAAAUUUUUAGGGGGGGCACAUGGCAGGGACGACGGGGCCACUGGAGGCAGAUAAGGGGCGAGUUGGUGGACGGAGAGAGAAGGCCACCGGGUUACGGGAGCCAUUGUUGUAUAGAGGGAAGGAAAAUGUAGAGGCACGGCGAGAGGUACGGAAGUGUGUUGCCAGUCCGGUCCGGCCCGUUCCUGAUCCCCGUGUAAGGCCAGUGGUGUGUGUUCCCAGUACGGUCCGGCCUGUUCCUGUCCAUCGCGCCAAGCCUAUGGUGCGCGUCGCCAGCCUGGUCCGGCCUGUUCCUGCUCCCCGCACCAAGCCAAUGGUGCUCGUCGCCAGCCUGGUCCGGCCUGUUCCUGCUCCCCGCACCAAACCUGUGGUGCGCAUCGCCAGCCCGUGCCCGUUUCACCGGUGCCUGGUCAGGUACCGGUCAGUUGCUCCACACCGGAGCCUGAGCAAUCCGCUCCACCGACGUCCAGUCCAGCUCCAGCCAGUGGGGCUAGACCAGACCAGGGGCACUACGGGGGGGUUAGUAGAGGGUGGUGGUCAAGCCCGGAGCCGGAACCGCCUCCGAGGAGGAAUGCCCACCCAGCCCUCCCCUGUUCGGUGAUGUUUAGGCGCGGUCGCAGUCCGCGCCUUUAGGGGGGGGUACUGUCACGCCCUGGCUCUAGGGACUCUUUUAAGUUGAGCCAGGGUGUGUAGAGUUUAUGUUUUGUGCUCGUUGUGUCUAGUCUAGUUUUUGUAUAUCUAUGUUGGCCAGAGUGGUUCUCAAUCAGAGGCAACGAGUAUCAGCUGUUGCUGGUUGUCUCUGAUUGGGAACCAUAUUUAGUCAGGUGGUUUUCCCACAGUGUUUGUGGGAUCUUGUUCCGUGUUGGUUUGUGUUUUGCACCUGUGGACGUCACGUAUCGAUUUGUUGUUUUGUUCGUGUAUCAUUUAAUAAAUAAGUAUGUUCACCUUCCACGCUGCGCCUUGGUCCUCUAUAUCCGACGAUCGUGACACCAGUUCUAUGAGAAUGAGUGAGAUGUCUCACCGCUUUUCCCUGCUCGCAAAAGUGCAAUAAUGACCAGUUGGCGGGCGACUCCCUUUAUGGAGGAGAGGGGCUCACCUCAUUCACAACUCAACCUGUCUGACACAGACACUGUGUGAUUGCUUACUUCAAGCUUGUGGACAUAGUGCAGCAGUUUUCAAUCCUGGGGUGCACAUUUUUGUCUUAGCACUACAAAGCUGAUACAAAUAAGCAACUCAUCAUCCUUUACAUUAUUUUAUUUUUUUACAUUUUAGUCAUUCAGCAGACACUCUUAUCCAGAGCAACUUACAGGUACAAUUAGGAUUAAGUGCCUUGCUUGAGGGCAAAUCAACAGAUUUUUCACCUAGGAUUCAAACCAGCGACUUUUUGGUUACUGGCCCAAUGUUCUUAACCGCUAGGCUACCUGCCGCCUUAGCUUUGAAAGCCCAAGCUUUGAUGAUUUGAAUCAGGUGUGUAGUGCUAAUGCAAAAACAAAAAUGUGCACCCCUUUGGGUCCACAGGACCAGGAUUGAGAACCACUGCCAUAGUGAGAUAGCUCACAUAUAUUCUCAUAGAACUGCGGUUACGGAAGUAAUCUUAAGUUAUAUGCUUUGUUUGUGCUAUUAUUAUCUGUAAUUAUAAAUAAUGUAUAACUCAUUCUUAUAUUUUAUGACAGUAUUUUCACCGGACAUUAUUCUCUUUGUCUUAUUAUGUUUCAGACCAGCAUGGGUAGCCCAGGGAUGUCUGGACCAGGUCUGUCUGUGCCCUGGGGUAGCAGCCGACCUGGGAUGGGUGGACCGAGCUCAACUGGGAAUGCAUUUGGCGGGGCAGGGUCAAGCUCAAGAGGGUUUGGGUUGACUGGAAUAGGUUCAACUGGGAUGGUUUCAAAUCCGUUUGGUAGUGCAGGUGGACUAGCGACGGGUAACAAGCCAGACUCAACUAAUCAAUUUGGUAAUAUCGGAAUGGGCCGAACAGGGUUAAGUUCAAGUUCUACUGGAUCGGGUGCGUUAGGGCCAGGUAAAGUAGGGCCAGGUGGAAUAGGGAGAGACGGGACAGGAGGGUGGGUUGCAAUGGGUAACACAGGGAUGGGCGGGGUAGGGUCGAGUGCAACAGGGCACGGUAACAGGGGGUCAACUGCUGGAACAGGAUUGGGGGCAGGAACCGGUGGGUGGGGUGCAUCUGCAACAGGAAACAGCAAUACAGGGUUUGGCAACACAGGAAUGGGUGGGGCAGGGUCAAGUGCAACAGGAGUGGGUACUAGGGGGUCAGGCGGGACAGGAUUGGGUGGUGCCGGGUCAAGUGCGUUGUCAUCAUCAGGUGGUGCAAAGAAGAACGGACCAGGCAUGGGCAGCUCCAACGGUUACAGUUUAGGUAAGACAUACUAGUAUCAAGGCUUGAUAUAAACAUAAUAAUAUGCCAUUUAGCAGACACUUUUAUCCAAAGCGACUUACAGUCAUGUGUGCAUACAUUUUUACAUAUGGGUGGUCCCGGGAUCAAACCCACUACCCUGGCGUUACAAGCGCCAUGCUCUACCAAUUGAGCUACAGAGGAUCAUCACUUCUUAUAUAGACUGUGAUAUGCUAUGGGCAAUGGCUAAUGUUGUUGUUCUGUUGUUUCCACAGCAAAUAUCAAUCAACACUUACGAGAGCUGCAGCAGUAUUUCAACCCCAACUCCGGCUCAGAGUGA